AUGGCGCUGCGCCGCCUCCUGAGGUUGCACCGCACGGAGAUAGCUGUGGCAGUGGACAGCGCCUUCCCGCUGCUGCACGCUCUAGCAGACCACGACGUGGUGCCCGAACACAAGUUCCAGGAGACGAUGAGUCUGAAGGACAGGGAAGGCUGUCCCCAGGCCUUCCACGCCCUCCUUUCCUGGCUCCUGACCCAGGACAACACAGCCAUCCUGGACUUCUGGAGGGUUCUUUUCAAAGACUACAACCUGGAGAGAUAUAGUAGGCUGCAGCCCAUCCUAGACAGCUUCCCCAAAGAUGUAGACCUCAGCCAGCCUAAGAAGGGGAGGAAACCCCCUACUGGGCCCAAGGCCUCCAUGCUGCCCCCCAAACCCCCUGCCAAGAGGAAGGCCCAGGAGGAGUCUCGGGCCAUGCCACCAGCUGCUUUGCCCCCGAGGAGCAGCUCCAGCCCAGGCUCCCAAACCAAGGCCAAGCUCUCCAAGAAACCAGAGAACAGCACUGAGUUACAGCGUGUCCCACUGGGAAGUGGAAUCCAGACCAUGUCUGCCUCGGUCCAGCGAGCUGUAGCCAUGUCCUCUGGGGAUGUCCCAGGAGCCCGUGGGGCCGUGGAGGGAAUCCUCAUCCAGCAGGUGUUUGAGUCAGGUGGCUCCAAGAAGUGUAUCCAGGUGGGAGGUGAGUUUUACACUCCCAGCAAGUUUGAAGACCCCGGCAGCAGUGGUGGGAAGAACAAAACCCGAAGUGGUGGAAGCCUGAAGCCUCUGGUCCGAGCCAAGGGAGCUCAGGGCAUUGCCCCCGGUGGAGGUGACCCAAGGCUAGGGCAGCAGGGCAGGGUCCCCACCCCUGCUGCCCUGACCAGUGAGUCCCAGCUCCACCAGAAGAAUGAGGAUGAGUGUGCUGUGUGCCAAGAUGGAGGAGAACUUAUCUGCUGUGAUGGCUGCCCCCGGGCCUUCCACCUGGCCUGCCUCUGCCCGCCACUCCGGGAGAUCCCCAGUGGGACCUGGAGGUGCUCCAGCUGCCUCCAGGGAAGAGGCCUGAAGGAUGCACCCAAUGCAGAGGAGCCUCGACCCCAUGAGCCACUUGUGGAGAGCCCGGUCCUACUGGGACUGAGGCCGGUGGGUGAGGAGGCCAGGGGCCUGCCCAAGGGGCCUCCAGCUGGGAUGGACACUGCUCUCACCUAUAAGAACCUGCUACCCCCACCCUCCACACUCCCUUUGCCAGUGCUGGACCCCUCUGCCCUGCGCCCCCUGCUAUGUGCAAAUACUGAUGGACAGCAGGGCGCGGCGCCCGGCGCGAGGUGCGGCGUGUGCGGGGACGGGGCAGACGCGCUCAGGUGCGCCCACUGCGCCGCUGCCUUCCACCUGCGCUGUCACUUCCCCUCAGGCGUCGCCCAUCCGGGGACUGUCCAGCGCUGCAAAUCCUGCUCAGCAGACUCUGCUCCAUCCCUUGCGGAGGGAGCACCAGCCCCAAGCCCUGCCGGGUCGGCACCUGGGCCAGCCAAGGCGGGGGAUAACUCUGCUGGUCAUGAGCCUGGUCUGCACAGGGAUGACCUGGAGUCCCUCCUGAACGAGCAUUCCUUCGACGGCAUCCUGCAGUGGGCCAUCCAAAGCAUGUCCCGCCCGCUGGCUGAGGCACCCACCUUCCAAUCCUGA